GCGGCCGGCGAGUGAGGGAAGUGAGUGAGGAGAGCGGCCAGCGAGUGAGGGAAGCCGCCAGCGAGUGAGGGCAGCGACCGGCGAGUGAGGAAAGCGAGUGAGGGGAGCGAGUGAGGGCAGCGGCCGGCUCGGGCCGGGCUGAACGGUGAGGUGACGUGAGGUGAGGAGGAUACCGGCGCUUAAAAGAUUUGCCCACAAUCCUGAAUCACAGUUGGGUCUGAAAUCCCAGCCCUCAGCCUCUCCCUGCUGGUGCAACAGUCCGACUUUCCACCCAUAUAGAAGAGGCUCCCAUAUAAGAAUGGCUGUGUGCUCAGACAGCUUGUUUAAUAUGAUGCAAAGGACUGCUUUUCCAUUGUUUUUGUAUAUUCCCAGCAGGGUAGUAGGAAAAUUAUUUGUCAUGGCAUGGUUUAGUCAGAAGUCCAGGGAUCUGCUAUAUGAACACGAAACACUAGUUCUAGUUAUGCAAAGGAAUAAUUUGCUAGAGAAUUUAGGUAAAUUUGGCGUGACAGUUGUUUUCACGCUAGCUGGAUGUUUCCUGGGCUGUCACUCCGUGGUGAACGAACCAGCAAAAUAACGUAGUGAAAAACGUUUCCCUGUAGCUGUUCCUCCCUGCAAAAGCCGGGUUAUUUCCUCAUUUCAUGGACUACAGUCCAGUUCCCCUGUAGAAAAGGGACCCCCAAACGCCGGUGAGGAGCCCCGCCAAACAAGGGGGACCCCGCAGCGCCCUCCGUGUGGGACGUCCCCGGGUCGCGGUGGCAGCGCCUAGCGGGGGUGCCCGGUGUGUCCCUCCCUGCCUUGUCAGGUGUGUAACGGGGCGGUGGGGAUGGGACACGGAAUCGGUCGCCGGACAGGGGUAUGGGGACACAGAGACGCGCGGGGCCAUCCCGCACCGCUCAGAUCCCCGUCCGGCCGCUGCCGGGAUUGUCCCGGAGCCCGAGCGCGCCCUCCGGCCGCGUCACGAGCCACGUGCCUCAUCGGCCUAUGGGGCGCGGGUGUGGGCGGCUCGCCCAAUGGCGGCGCUCGCUGCGGAGCCCCGCCCCGAGUGGGCGGGAGCGCGUUUGUCCGCGCGCCGGGGGCGGGGCGUGCGGCUGCCGCGCUGAGGGGCGGAGCCAGCGCGGGAAGCGCGGCGGGGGCGGGGCCUGUGCGGGGAGCGCUCUCGGGGGCUUCGCUCCGGCACGGCUCGGCUCGGCUCGGCUCGGCCCCGCCGCAGCCAUGAUCCACAGCCUGUUCCUCAUCAACGCCUCGGGGGACAUCUUCCUGGAGAAGCACUGGAAGAGCGUCGUCAGCCGCUCCGUCUGUGACUAUUUCUUUGAGGCGCAGGAGCGGGCCUCGGAGGCGGAGAACGUGCCGCCGGUGAUCCCCACGCCUCACCACUACCUCCUUAGCGUCUACCGUCACAAGAUCUUCUUCGUGGCCGUCAUCCAGAGUGAGGUGCCGCCGCUCUUCGUCAUCGAGUUCCUGCACCGCGUCGUGGACACGUUCCAGGAUUAUUUUGGUGUCUGUUCAGAGGUGAUAAUCAAGGACAACGUUGUGGUGGUUUAUGAGGUGCUGGAGGAGAUGCUGGACAAUGGCUUUCCAUUGGCAACAGAGUCCAAUAUCCUCAAGGAACUGAUAAAGCCUCCUACUAUUCUGCGAACAGUCGUCAACACCAUCACAGGAAGCACUAAUGUGGGUGACCAGCUUCCCACUGGACAGCUCUCAGUGGUGCCUUGGAGACGUACUGGUGUGAAAUAUACCAACAAUGAGGCCUAUUUCGAUGUGAUUGAGGAGAUAGAUGCAAUCAUUGACAAAUCAGGGUCCACCAUUACUGCUGAAAUCCAGGGAGUGAUUGAUGCUUGUGUCAAGCUGACUGGGAUGCCAGACCUCACCCUCUCCUUUAUGAACCCCCGGCUGCUGGAUGAUGUCAGCUUUCACCCUUGUGUGCGUUUCAAGCGCUGGGAGUCAGAGAGGAUACUCUCCUUCAUCCCUCCCGAUGGAAACUUCCGCUUGCUGUCCUACCAUGUCAGUGCUCAGAAUCUUGUGGCAAUUCCUGUCUACGUUAAGCACAACAUCAGUUUUCGUGACAGCAGCUCACUGGGACGCUUUGAGAUCACAGUGGGGCCAAAGCAGACGAUGGGCAAGACUGUAGAGGGAGUGAUGGUCACUAGCCAGAUGCCAAAAAGUGUCUUAAAUAUGACCCUCACACCCUCCCAGGGAACACAUGCCUUUGAUCCAGUUACAAAGUUACUGUCAUGGGAUGUUGGGAAAAUAAACCCCCAGAAACUGCCAAGUCUGAAGGGGAGCGUGAGCCUGCAAGCUGGGACAUCGAAACCAGAUGAAAACCCCACCAUUAACCUGCAGUUUAAAAUUCAGCAGCUGGCUAUUUCUGGACUGAAGGUGAAUCGCCUGGACAUGUACGGGGAGAAGUACAAGCCAUUCAAGGGGAUAAAAUACAUGACUAAGGCUGGCAAGUUCCAAGUCCGAACCUAGAGGCUCCUGAUAAAAGGAAGAGCACUUUUUCCUAUUUCCCCUGUCCCUGGCUGUUGGAUGCAGCCUCUUAUCCCACCCAUCUGUUUAGGGUUGCUCCCUUGUCUGUAGUAGCAUAAGCAGGAAAGCCAGUGCUCAGAGUGCUGGAAAGCAGGGAAAAGGAAGGUUGACCUGAAACCACCUCGUCCCUACCUGAGUCUGAAGUAUUUGGAACAACAGUAGAUGGGAGAGUUGCUCAGGUCCCUAAGGAUUAGUGAGUCAGCUAUGUAAGCUUGUAUCACCUUCCUUUUGCUGUCUUAGAGGAAAUUCUAGGGAUUUAUGGCCUUUUGUAGCUCCUCUUCCUUGUAUUUUGUUUGGCUUUUAUCCCGUUGUACGUGCUAUAAAGUUGAAUUUCCACAAACUUCAGUGUGAUGAUCCAGCACCUGCAUUCCUGUGUCACUGGGUGUUAGGGUGUAGAGCUGUGGAGCUCUUGCCAGCAGGGAGAACAUCUAGCUGUUCUGCCUCAAAAGGACUGGAAGAAGUGGAAGGGUAGAUUGUUCUGCCCAGGAUGGGAAGUUGAGAAGCCUGAGAUUGGGAAUGGUGCCACAAAGGGAAGAAGGGAAGACAUGGAUUCUUUCUCUAGGUAUUUCAUAAGGCAUCCUGGUCAUCAAGGAUCUUGAGUCUCUGAAUACAGACUUGAAAUACAUUCAGAUCUUGUAACUGAGGGGCAGUGGUAUCUCCGUGUAAUUCUGCUUCUCCUCUUAUUUCAUCAGUGCUUGAAGGUAGGAAUUCUCCUAGCUUAUUUGGGGAAUCAGAAGAGACAGACAGGGCAACUUCUGUGGAGACAGCACUGAUGGAAUUUGAAGCUGUGGCUACAUGAAGAUCACCACUGUCCUAGUAACUUGUUGGAACCUCUUUUUGCCUCUCCUUUCCUAUUGCAAAUGAUGGUGAUACUGCUGUUUUCCUGCUCACUGAUGUCUUCCUUUGAGACAAUUGUGACCUGGUACCUUUGUAGUGUUCUUCCUGUCCUACCUCAUUUCAGUUUCUGUACCUGUCAGGUGCCGUGCAGAUGGAUUCAAACCUGUGGCAGAUUUUUCACUGGGAUCAUCUCUUCCUCAGGAGCUGUUGCUGUAUCUGCCCAUUGCAGCCUGUGUUCAUCCCUCUGUAGAGCAGCAGUAGGAAAUGAGAGGCACCUGCACUGUUGAUAUUGUCUGUAACAGGCUCUUUGGCCACUUAUUUUCUCCUGGUAGCAGAACUCGCACCUAAGCUGCUGUACACCUGACCACACACGUGUGGCUGUGGAGCCCAGCGUGUACAGCUCAUGCUUGUGAACAGAACAGGGUGACCCUAAACGAGGGACAGCAUUCAUUCCACCUUGCAUGUGGUGGACACUUCAUGAGUGGCAUCUUGCUUGUGGCACUCCUGCUUCCAUAGCAGGUGGCAUUCCGCUGAGGUGACAUUACUGCUGAGCAUGUUCAGUGCAAACAAAACCUUCAACAAGGGCAUCAAUAAAAUUCAUUUUUACA